GUGAGCGGAGCCCUGCACCGGGGCUCGUAGUCUCCCGCAGCCUGUCAGCCAUGGGCGCCGUCUGGUCAGCUCUGCUGGUCGGCGGGGGUCUGGCAGGAGCGCUUAUCGUGUGGCUGCUGCGGGGCGACCCUGGGGUCCCGGGAAGAGACAGGGGUGUGGAGCCGGAGAAGGAUGCACCUCCAGGGGAGGCUGCGGCCCCGGGAGGCGGUCCGGGUGGUGGUGGCAGUGGCGGCCUGAGCCCUGAACCUUCCGAUCGGGAGCGUGUCUCCAAAGCAGCGCAUCUUCGAGAAAGCAAUGGACAUUUGAUUUCUGAGAGCAAAGAUCUUGGUAACCUGCCUGGAGCACAGAGACUGCAGAAUAUUGGAGCAGACUUGGGCAAUGCCAGAGAAUCUGUUCCCGUUGGAAAGAUUCCAGACACACACUCCAGGGACAGCUCUGAAAUGUCAAGAUAUCAAAGCCGAGAAUCUCAUGUAGGAGAAUGGAGACUCCCCAAAGGACAAGAAACAGCUGCUAGAGUAGCUGGUGGUGUGGCCGAGAAGCUGCCCUCCAGCGGCCUGGCCAUGGACACAGCUAAAGCGGUCAGUCAGGACCCGGCAGGCCAUGAGGACUGGGAGGUGGUGUCUAGGCACUCGUCCUGGGGAAGUGUUGGUGUGGGUGGCAGUCUUGAGGCUUCUAGGUUAAGUCUGAGUCAGGGAAUGGACGGUAGCACAAAGAGUCUUGUGGGAGGAAGAGGCUGGGGAGUAGACGGGGAGGUGGCAUCUCUGGAACCCCCCCAGGUCAGCAUCCAGUUCCAGGUGCACUACGCCACAAGCACCGACGUGCAGUUCAUUGCAGUCACCGGAGACCAUGAGAGUCUUGGGGGAUGGAACGCAUACAUCCCACUCCACUACGGCAAGGACGGGCUCUGGUCUCAUUCUGUCUUCCUGCCUGCAGACACGGUGGUGGAGUGGAAGUUUGUGUUGGUAGAGAAUAAGGAAGUGACUCGCUGGGAAGAAUGCAGCAAUCGACUCUUACAGACUGGCCGUGAGGAUAAAGUGGUUCAUGGGUGGUGGGGGAUUCACUGACUCUGGUUUUCAGAGCAUCCCAGAGGCUGCAGUGGAGUGGGGAAGAGGCUAAGGUUGUAGAGCACACUGCAUAGUCUAAAUAAAGUAAAGGCAGUGUAAUUCCAAUUGUAGCCCUCAGGGUUCUUUCAGAUUUGCUAGUGUGGCUUUUUUUGUCCAAAAUGUAGAAAGAUGUAUGCCUGCAGAUAAUGCUUCCUGUAAGCUGGCACUGGCCCUUGUAUUGACUGGCUUGUGCUGACACAUCAUGAUUUGAGGGCCUGAUCAUCCCUGGGUCGUUGCUUUGGCUCCGACAGGGGUAUGGAGUAAGUGUGGCCAAGGAGAAACUAAGCAGCUGCUCCGGUGCAAGGCAGAGCCCUUAGGAGCUCUUAGACUAGGGAGACUACAACAAGCCUCACCAAACACAGCUGAAGAAACACUGUUUACAUUUAAUUGUAACAUCGAAUGGAACUGUGACCAGUAAGGGUCGGAGUGAAACUAGAGGGCUUCCCAUUAGUUUUUAUCCCGGUUUAAGUGCUGAGGAUAGGGGAGAUAUUAGCAGGUAUGUCUUUGACUUAGUGGUUGAAAGUCUAUUCCGAGUUGGUCAUCCAGGAAGCAGAGCAUGGGAACUGGGGUGUGAGAUGCUGAGGUGAUGGAGGGUAUAGUUCUUUGAGGACUGGGAGUGGCAGGUCCCAGUCUGGUGCAUCCCUCCUUUACCCACAAUGCCCUGGUGUGGACUAUCUCUGCUCACUGCCCCACCCCAUUCCUACUAGGUGUCAACAAAUGGGCUGACGGCUUUUCCAUCUGUUAACGUUUCACUCUCCUUACAUACCAGCGAGUGAAAAUCUAUAUAGGACCAGGAUACAGAAGAAUGUCUUUGCUCUGAGAGUAACUAUGUUUAAGUUAUAACUAACUAAAUAAAUUCUGAGUUUUCAUAUCUUUAUUCAAUGCCUCUGGUUUCAAUUUUAGCACUAUAACCUAGGUAUAAAGUAUAUUUCACAUGGAGAAAAGAAAAGCAAGCCUCAAGUUACAGCUGAUGCCAUAAUGGAGAGUCUUUUCCUCCCUUGGAGAAAGUUUUAAUUUUUUUUUGAGACAGGCUUAUUAAAUAUUUUUAAAAACUUUGCUUAGAAGGGAGUUUUUGAGGUGGAGUUUCUUGUAGCAUAGGCUUACCCCAAAAUUCACUAUGUAGCCAAGGAUGCCCUUGAAACUGAUCCUCCUGCCUCCAUUUUUCAAGUGCUGGGAUUAUAGGCAUGCGCCACCAUAUCCAAGCAGGCUCCAGCUGAGCUACACCGCAGCUUUGCUGUUCAGACAGUGUAGCCCAGGCUGGCCUGGGGCUCCCUGUGUAGAGAGCUAAGGAUGACCUUCCUACUUCCACCUUCCAAAUGCACAAAUGAAAUGAAAUCUUUGUGUUGUCAGUCCAUUAUCUACCAGCUAAGGCAGGUAUUUACUGCUGUCUAAGAUGCCCUGUGCUGACAAAGGUCUACACUCAGCAGAAAGCAGCAUUGGCAGGUUUGUUUGGGGGGCUUUGGGCUCUCAGCCUUACUCACAAAGCUAAGUAAGACAACCUAAAUAAAAGGCUCCAGAACUGUUUACAGUUACCUGAUGAAUAAAGUCAGCCAUUAAGACCUAUUGACCUAAGACACAAAUCAUGCUAUGUAUAUGCACUUUUAUAAUUAAAUGCACAUUGAUUGUAACCAUCAUUUGAAGUUAGGUGUGCUUCAGAGUAAUAACUUUUGAGGGCAGCACACGGUCUCCCCGAGAGCAGGGACACCCUCCGCAGGCCCAGCUGGAUGCUGUGUCAGUCAGCAGAUCA